GAACAAACACACACACACAAAUAGCAGAAAAUAAGAACACGAGAUUUAACGUGGUUCGGUCAGUAACCUCCACGGGUUGCAGCUAGGGUUUAUCUUUUAUUAGGUGCUCACAGAUUAUAGUUACAUGAUUGGGUAUUUAUAAGAUAUAAACUAGGGUUAACAACUUGCUAAACAAGAAACAACUAAUGGGCCCUUUAAUUAAUAACUAAAACCGGCCCCCCAUGUUUCUUCCCUUUAGCCGACCAGGCUUAAAGCCCACAGCUCUAAAGCCUUCACCGAAUAACCCAACAUCUAUAGGCCUUGCUACGAAUGUUAGAUGUCCACGUACUCACCUCGAUUUAUUUCGAUUCAAUUUGAAAGAACGUCGUUUGAAAUCCAUUGUCGGAACAGACCCGUCCCGCUGCCCGAACCGGUACUACUGUCCCUGUUACCAAUGCUGCGCGGACGGGAUGGAACAAGGAGGGAGAUUGCCGGAGUUGUUGCAGUCCAUUCGCCGGACGCUGGAACAAGGAGGGAGAUUGCCGGAGUUGUUGCAGUCCAUUCGCCGGACGCUGUCAUCAAUGGCCGGUCAAUCCGCUGCUCAAGCUUAUAGGGUCGCGCCUGGCUUCACUACUGCCUGGACGAAAUUGUCACUGUCUCCAGCGUUGGAGGGUCGCCAGCAUUGCAAGGUCGCUUCCUUCCUCGCCAAUCGUCGCCGGAGUUGAUCAUCAGAGCUACCACGACACCGCGUCGUCUCGCUGUCCAAACUCGGCAUCGCUGCCCGGAGUCAACCGUGGGUGCCAAACCUAAUCACCGCUGCCCAAACUCUGUCGCCGGGGCACGAAGGUCGCUGAUUCGCCAAUCGCGUCACCACCCUCGCGGAGGUCGCCGGAAUAGGGAGAGAGACCGCCGGAGGGAACUGCCUGCACCGGUCGCUGGGGUGCAGUCAUGUCGCUUGAACCCGCUGCUGGUUGCCGGCUUUUGGUUGGCGGAAGGAGGUCGCUGAUUGCCGCUGGACGACAACCCAUCGU